GCAGCUGGAAGUUGUAGCACAUGAGGUUUGGAGUACUGAGAAGGAGAGAGAGGAGAUCAGCGUCCCCGUGUGAAUAAGAAAUGGCCCUUAAUAAGUCUAUGCAUCCAAGAAACCGCUAUAAGGACCGGCCUCCAGACUUUGCCUACUUGGCUUCCAAGUAUCCGGAGUUUAAGCAGCAUGUCAGCGUGAGCCUGUCUGGAAGAGUGAGCGUGAACUUCAAAGAACCUGGAGCUGUCCGAGCCUUGACUUGUACUCUCCUAAAGGAAGACUUUGGGCUAACCAUUGACAUACCCCUGGAAAGGCUUAUUCCUACUGUGCCCCUGCGGCUGAACUAUAUUCACUGGGUGGAAGAUAUCAUCAAUUACCAUAGCUCUGACAAAUCUACAGUGCGACGUGGGAUUGACAUAGGUACUGGAGCAUCCUGCAUCUAUCCAUUGCUGGGGGCCACGCUAAACGGAUGGUAUUUCCUUGCAACUGAAGUGGAUGACAUCUGCUUCAAUUAUGCAAAGAAAAACGUGGAGCAGAAUAACUUGGCUGAUCUUAUUAAAGUGGUUAAAGUUCCCCAGAAAACACUUCUAAUGGAUGCAUUAAAAGAAGAAUCUGGUAUCAUAUAUGAUUUUUGCAUGUGCAAUCCUCCAUUUUUUGCCAAUGAGAUGGAAGCUCAGGGGGUGAACUCGCGAAACCCUCGCCGCCCCCCUCCAAGUUCUGUAAACACGGGUGGCAUUACCGAGAUUAUGGCAGAGGGGGGAGAGUUGGAGUUUGUAAAGAGAAUCAUCCAUGACAGCCUUCAGCUAAAGAAAAGGUUAAGAUGGUACAGCUGCAUGCUGGGUAAGAAGUGCAGUUUGGCGCCAUUGAAGGAAGAGCUGCGAAUACAAGGGGUACCUAAAGUUGCACAUACUGAAUUUUAUCAGGGGAAAACAAUGCGUUGGGCACUGGCGUGGAGCUUCUAUGAUGAUGUGAUUAUCCCUAAUCCACCCUCCAAAAAGAGAAAAUUGGAUAAGCCACGCAAGCCAAUGUUGUUUACUAUCCUGGAGACAACAGUGCUAAUGCUGAAGGAGAAAUUGAAUGGCUCCCAAGACCCAGCUCCUAGCUAUGUGGCUGUGGUCACAGGCUUCCUGAAGAAGAUUCUUACAGAUCGGAAGGUUGAGUAUAAACCUAUACCUAGUGGGAAAGAAGAAGAGAGCUUAUUUCUUACAGCAGUUACAAACUCCUGGGUCCAUAACCGCAGAAAGAAGAGAAAACAAAUGAGACAACUUAGAGAGUUGCCUCGCGCUCCUGCGGAAGAUUUUGUGCAAAUGGGUAAGAUGGAGAAUCCAACACUAAAGGAUGACUCGCAACAAGGGGACCAAACACCCGCGGGACCCGGAGCCCUUGAUGAGAAAGAUAAAUCUACCCCAGACAUCAGCAAUCCAAUAUCUGCAUCCUCAGAGCCAGAUCCCACAGCGCAUUUAGAAGAUACCAAUCCAGAGUCUAUGGAGGAGGAGACCUUGGCAUUAUCUGACCAAGCCAGGGACACCUCUCUCUCUCAGAAUACUGAAACUGAUGAUCAUGAUUCCUCUGAAGAACUGAACCAGGUGACAGGAGAGGGGUCACAUCCAGUCCAGGGCAAUAGUGGUUCUUUCCUUUUCAAAUGCUUGCUGAAUGUGAAGAAUGAGGCUCCCAAUGUGUUGGUUGAGAUGCACUGGGUAGAGGGGCAAAACAAGGACCUAAUGAACCAGUUGUGCACCUACUUACGCAAUCAGCUCUGUAGGCUUGCAAGCAGCUAGGUUCUUUAUCCACAAUCCAGGUGGAGCAGAAAUAAAAGUUUUUUCUAUUUU